AUGGGGUCUGGUUCAGGCUCCAAAUUGCCUGCACCAAUCCUAUGGCUUGCAGGCAUAUGUUCGUUCGUCGCUGUUGCGGUCUCAGCAUGGUCGAUAUAUCUUCAGUUCAAGAAUUACCGGAAGCCUAGCUUGCAACGGAUGGUUGUAAGAAUCAUGGUUAUGGUUCCAGUAUACGCAAUAGCUUCGAUGGUUUCGAUACAUUCCGUUGAAGCUGCGUUUGUGAUUGACGCUAUUCGCGACAUAUACGAGGCAUUUGUUAUCUACUGCUUCUUUGAGCUGCUAUUGUCGUACCUCGGCGGAGAGCGCUCGUUGCUCAUCAUGCUUCACGGGCGUCCACCGAAAGAACCUGUGUUCCCAAUGAACCUGUUCAAGCGCGAAAUCGACGUGAGCGACCCCUACACAUUCCUGUUCCUCAAACGAGGGAUAUUGCAAUACGUGCAAGUGAAGCCUAUUCUCGCCGCCGUAACUCUGAUUCUCAAGGCCUGUGGCAAGUACAACGAAGGAGACUUCCGCGCCAACUCUGGCUACCUCUACAUCAGCAUCAUCUACAACGCAAGCAUCUGUACAAGUCUCUACUGUCUCGCCAUGUUCUGGGUAUGCGUCAACGACGACCUCAAACCGUUCCGCCCUGUCCCCAAGUUCCUCUGCGUCAAAGGCAUCCUGUUCUUCUCCUUCUGGCAAUCAGUCGCCAUCUCUACGCUUGUCGCCGCCAACGUCAUCAAGAGGCUUGGACCGUACACGGACCCGGAACACGUCUCCACGGGGUUGAACAAUAUAUUCAUCUGUGUGGAGAUGCCGUUCUUUGCGUUUGCGCACAUGUUUGCGUUCUCAUAUAGGGACUACAUCGACCCGCAUCACACCUUUGUUGCGAGGAUGCCGGUUUACUAUGCGUUCAGGGACGCGUUUGGGUUGAAGGAUGUGGUGGAAGAUUCGAAGGCGACGCUUCGGGGCGAGGGGAUGGAUUAUCGCGAGUUUGAACCCGCGGAGGGGUUCAUGCAUCAAGGGGAAGGAAGGGAUAGGCGGAUUCGGGCUGGGCUUCGGUACAGCAAGGGAGGACAGAGGAAGUAUUGGCUUCCCAGGGCGGUAGACCACGACCCUCACACAAGAGGCGAGCGUAUUCUCAACAAGGCCGUCAAGAAGAUCGCGGGCGACAGUGAAGCAGAGAGUAUACACGCGCCAUUGCUCGAAACACAAGAAGAGGAUGUUGUGCACCUAGCGCCGGACAUGAUGCAAGACCGCGACCUUUCCGUGUGGGACACUGCGCAAGUCGAGGAUGGAUACGAGUUGCCGUUUGGAGAUUUGGACGAAGCCGAUGAAGAGCUGUUUGAGCACAGCAAGCGAUAUCUGUUCGGAGACUACAACUAUCCCUGUAUCGAUGUCAGUUCGGAGGGAGCGAGGCGGAUGAUGUGGGACGAGGAAGAGCGCGUGUUGAGGGACGAGAGGGGGGCGUGGUUCUCAUCGAUAAGGGGGGCGAAGGGGCAAGAAGAGAUCCGCAGCAGAGAUCGGCCAGUGUGGCAGGGUUACGGAGCGGUCGAUUCCUCGCAACCCCGGAGUCGGAUGAAGGAGGCUUGGAUAAGCAACAGGGAGGACAGCGAAGCUGUCCGGCCCAUACGACAGUCGGGUACCUCAAGAGUCAUCGACUUCGAUUCUGACCGUGCGGCCGCGGAUUCGCCGUACAGCAAAGAUGGCGUGCACUUGAGGUGGACGAAGGGGUCUCAGCAGCCGUCAUCCUCGAAACUUCCGUCGCGUCCUGCACCGAAACAACGUCCAGAUUCGUCUGCAUCUUCGUCGAGUAGUGGCAGCGGUAGCAAAACAAGGUUACUGCGCUCGCCUCCGACACUUCUAUCCAGGUCCAAUUCUCGACAGUCAAACUCUACGUCGCCUGUUCUCCCUCCGGACGCCGUGGAUCUUGUCGUUGAAGAUCCCGAGGCAGAGGAAGAAGACCUGAGCCACGAGAGGCGGAAGGGCGAGCCCGCUGUUCGUCCUCCUCCUGGCUUGAAGAAGGUGUAUCGACGAGGGUUUGAAACGGAGGAGCUGGAGGGCGAUGGCGAGAAGACCAAAGUACGUGGCGAGGUGGAAGUGGAGGAGAGAACCGACCACAACCGACGACGAGUGGUCGCUGGGGAGAGGAUCAUAGAUUCCAUACACCGCGGUGGGUCGGUAGAGGAAGGGAGGAGGCCUGAUGUCAUUGGUGAACGGGAUCCGUACGAGGAUAGGGGAGGAAGUCGGUCUCCUUGGGAUGAUAACCAGCCUCCAGUGGUCCGGGCAGAGACUCCGCCUCUUAAUGCCAGGAUCAACGCCUACCAUUUUGACGACAUCCCUGGAAAUGACGAUAAUCCAUGGGCUUGA